AUGGGUAAACGGGCUUCAGGGACCAGCGACGGCGCUGCUGCUUACAAUAAACGCCAAAAGACGUAUCACGAUGUCCCGACCGGCGAACAAGUCCACGACAGCGACCAGCUGAGAAGGCUGCUCGCCUUUGACCAGAACAUGCGAACUGCGCAGCACGGUCUUCAGUCUUUCAAAAAGCUCCUUGACAAAGCCAAUGCCAAAUCUACAGACGCCGACCGCCAACCUGGGGUUGCCAUCAUCCGUGGUUACCUCAAGUCGGUCCAGCCCCGAGAGACAGGCGAGGACGCCGUCUUCCUUAACGAUGUCAUGGAGAUGUGGUCGUUUGCCUCCCAGGUCAACGAUGAUGGUGUCAUGUCAUCCGUCGCCAUUGUAUUAUCUCUCUUGCUGCAGGUCAUCUCCGAUAACCUCGAUCUGGUACCUUACGGACUCGGCAUCUGCCAGACGCUUCUGCAGGAACGUCAGCUCAAGUCAGUCUCGCGCAACCUUUCCGCCGACAAGGGCAAGGCCUUCAUCAUUUGCCCAACACUCCGACUACUGUGCGAAGCGGUCUGCCUAGACGGUGGUGCCUAUGCCAAGCGCAUCUUCCGAGCCCGAGCAUCUACAUUCGCAUCGCUCGGCCGAAACCUCCAGAUUGUAUACCUAGGCGAUGGUCCAGAAGACGUUCGCAAAGCUUCUGUUCGAACCAAUGCUGUCCGGUUCUUCUUGACCUGCCUCAAAUUUCUCAACUCGGAUGGGAGAGAGGAACUUCUCGCCCAAAAAGACCUGUUGUCGCAUGUAACAUUUCUGAUGAAGAACGACCCGCCUGCAUUGGUCAUGGAUAUAAUCACCUCGCUCAAGACCAACGUUCUCAUGGACACCAAGAUUGCGCGUGAUAGAAAAUUCAAGAGUUUCAACACCAGAUCCCUUAUGCGCUUUCUCGGCCUAUACGCAUACAGCAAUACCUUCGCCUCCCAAGACGACGUUGACCAAGUCAUAGAAAAAGCACACCAGUUUCUCGUGUACUUAUGCACAAAUUCGACAGCCGGCGUCCUCUACCCAUCCAAGGGCCUCUAUCCAAAAGAGGCCGACGAGGAGUCCUCGGUGCCGCGAAACGCUAGUCAAGCAAAAGCCGAUGGCAAUCUCUGGGCUGACAAAUUCCGUGAUGGCGUCCCCGUCUACAAUUUUGUCCUUUCCGAAUUCGCCAGCAAACUUCGCCCAUGGUCGAAUCUCAAGCACAAUGAGCUCCUCAUUGCCAUAUUCCAGGCAGCACCUGAACUUAUUGCCGACUACUUCUUCAAUCACAGAUCGUUUACCUUUGAACCAAAAUUGUCCAUGACUUGGAUUGGCUAUGCGGCGUUUCUCUUCAACACCAUGACGAUACCUCUACCUCCGGCUUUCGGCGACACUUCCCUAUACGCAAAUACACCUCCGCCUACUUCCAUUCUCCUCGACAACAUAAUUCCCCUACCCAUAAAUCAAAAGGUCCUCAACCGGUGCUUCACUUCAAAAUCCAACCUCACUUCCUUCUUUGCCACGAGGAUCCUCGUCCAAGCACUUGAGAAGCUUACCGUUGCUCUAAAGAUGCACGAGGACGGAGGCAGAAAACAAAAUCAAACAUGGACAGAUGCGUCAAGGCGAUUAAUAGACUCAUUCUGUCAGAGAAUACCAGACAUGAAAGAAGUAGUGCGGUGCUACAAGUCCAUUCCCGCCGAGAACGCCUUGCAUAAGACACUAGCAAGUCGUUUACUACGACUCUACUACGAAAUCGUGCCUCGUAUAGCGCUUGCUGCCAACUUUGACGUUUCGCCCUUCUUCGUGGAAGUACUAGGGAGCAUCCAACAAAACCAGAGCGACGACCCAACAACUGCGUCAUUUGCCAUCAUGGAAUUGAGAAGCUUGGUUUCAAUCGCAAGCUACUCUCCCGGCAUGCGAUGGUUUGCCAAGACUGACAGCAGCAAUGGCGGAAAGGGUUACUCUGCCUUCACAUCACUACUGCAAAUAUUGUGCGACAGUGAUGACACCGCCCCUUUAGCUCAGCUGCAGUCCGUUCUUUCUGAUGUGGCAAUUGAGAAUCAGGUCGUGGCCAAGAAGACGAGAUUAGUAGCACUACUCCGUGCCUUGCGAUGCGCGAGCUCUGGCUCAAAGGCUGCGAACAUUCCUUGGGUGUACUUGGACAACUGCAUCACGAGAUGCGCUGGCUCGCCCAUCAAAUAUCUCGAGCAGAUGACGACUCUGCCUGAGAAUGCACAGUUCAGUCUGCUAAAUAUUGUUCUUCAGGAGCAACUGUCUUUUGCUCUGGACGGUGCUAACAAGACGAAGGCUACUGAGAUUGGAAGCUUUAUGUCUCUGUACUUUAACGCCCUGAACCUCGCAGGAGAGAGCAAGUCGCACCUCGAAGAAUGCUAUUCCAAGAUUACCGAGCAAAUUUUGGCGACAAAGGCUUCCAAGAUGCCCAGCCUAGGCGACAAGUCAGAGAAGAAGGCCCUGCAGCGCAUCAACAUUGAGGAGCCGGAGUCGAGCAAAGUGACCGAGACCAGCGCCCAGCCUGGCGUCAUGGUCGAUGAAGCUCGCCUAGAGGAGAUGCUUCAUCAGCCUUUUAAGCUCGAAGAUGACAACAGUGCGCUCGUCAAAUGGUCCACGAAGAAUGUCGAAGAUCUGGUCGAAGACGGCCUAGCAGCUGGGCUUAUCAAGCUGCUCGCCUCCCCCCACAUCAACAUCCGCAAGGAAGCCCUCACCAACAUCCUGAAGAUGGCCGCCAAGAUCAAGGAGUCCUCGUACGAGGAGAAGAUGCAAGUCUGGCUGCUGCUCUCCGAGCUCGCCGAGUCGAGCCGGCCACUCGUCGAUGCCGGGCCCGUCCCGUCCUCCUUUGUCUCCUUUGCCACGCACGCCCUUGACGUCCUGCGCAGCCCACUGCACCCGCUGUACGCCAAGGUCAACGCCUUCCUGACGCGUUCGCCCGCGUGGCCGGCCGAAAAGCUGCCGAUGGCACACGACGUCCUGCACGGCGCGCCCGGCGAGGACGACCGCUACUACACCGAGCUGGCCUGGCUGCUCGCGCACCUGCUCGACAGCCUGCGCACGCCCUCCGACCUUGGCGUCUUCCACCGCAAGCGCUGGCUCGAAAAGGUGCUCGCCCUCGCGGCCAAUCCCUACCUGCGCGCCAACCUGCGCGCCCGCGUGCUCCGCAUCGUCUACCGGGCCACGUGCAUCGACGGCGGCAGCACGACCCUCGUCACGCGCUUCGGCGUCAUGAGCUGGCUCGACGGCCGGCGCGCCGCCGCCGACUCCCCCGAGGACGCGGCCGUCUACGUAGCGCUCAUGCGCCGCGUCUGGGAGACGUGCGACCAGGCGCGCGUGACGGCGUGGAGCAAGGGUGGCGUGCAAAAGCUCCUGGAGACGGUCCUGGGUUGA